AUGGCCAUGCAGAUGAUGAUUCCGCUUUAUGAGCUUCCGUUAAUGUCCAGUAAGCGAUGCUGAUAAAUAAUUAUUAUAUUGUAAAGGUGAUUCUUUAAUUGCUGAGACCAAAGUUGUCAGUCUGGGACCGGGAGAAGAUGCCAGAAUCAGAUGCACACUCCAAGAUAGCGGAUUCGAUCCUCAAUCCUUAUUCUUGACUAUGAACAAUCACAAUAUGACGGGAACUCAGAGGGGACAUCAGUAAGUCAUCGUAUUACAUAAUGACUACUGAAUCUUCAGUAUAAUAUACGAUAUAACGGACUACGACCCUUCUAAAGGAGAAUUGGUUUUUGAUUGUGCAGCCAGAAGACGAAACCAGAAGUUCCAAGUGAGAUCUCUGAAAGUGGUCCCCAAGGUGUAUCAUUCUUGUAAAUUCAGACCCUGUUCGACAAGGGGAUGCGGAGAAAGGGGGCUUUGUUUGGAAGAAAUCAGGACGGGGGCCGAGCACUGCUUGUAAGUCAAACUUCCUUUUUUAUGACGUAUGCUUUCUAAACGAUAAAAAUUCGAAAAAUCAUUUAUGACUUUCAAAUGUUCGAAUGACGUCAUUUGAUUAGAAUUCCGAUAAAACAAAACUUUGUCUCCCAAUAAGACGCGCAAUUUAAUCAUUUCAGUUGUCCUGGAAAAGGAUGCCAAGUACAAGAAGGGUCCGUGAUAUCCCCGUGGAUCUGGAUAUCCGGCCUGAUUGGCCUUUCUUUAGGCUGUUUUCUAUUAGGAAUCCUCUUGUUUCUUGCCAAGUAAGUUUUUUUCAGGGGUUAUCAGCACUGUUUAGGAAAGCAACUCAUAAAAGAGAUGAUGAAGAAUUAAAAGAGAGCGAGAAUCUAGAACUGAAAGAGCAUUCUGAUAAAGAUGUAAGUAAGAUCGCAGACUCAUGAAAAUUAUAUUGCUUUAGGUGGAUCUGGAAGUCCUCUACGAUCAGGCGGACAAUCUGUUGCAGAAGCCCCCGGAUCCAAACGAUUACGAUAAUCUGAGAUAUGACCGCGGCACAAGUACACAAACAUAA